GUGUUCCACCCCUUUAACUUAAACAUCAUUGUUGAUUUUCCUGUUCUCUUACUUUAAGCCAAGAUAUGCAAAGCAGCUCAUAAGAGCUUGGCAAAACUGCGUGUAUCAAAUUGAAAACCACGCUUUAGUACUAAUUACAAAAGUACUGGUGAGCAUUUCCUCACAUAUGUAAAAGUUCUUUUAAGCAAUAUAUGCAUUUAAUGAUAUAUAUUUAAAAAUUAAGUCCUCAGACUGUUACAGCUGUCAUUGUCACUGAUGUUUACUUGCUGCCAGUCAUUAUUUUUAGUCAUAAUUAAGAUCUCAGCUGCCUCUGUCACACUCCAGGAGCUGAAUGAUGAGAAGCACCAUUAUUUCUGCUUCUGCAUGAUUUGCUGCAAGGAAAUUCCAGAAUUCCUGGGCAGCACGGGAUGCUGCUGCUUUGAGAGGAAGGUUACAUACCCGCUCCAUCCAAUGUCUUAAAGAAACUGCAUGCUACCAGCUAACAGCACACAAGAGUUCACUAAACAAAAAUUCUAAAUCUCACUUUCAAUAAAUUUCCCAACACCAUUGCUCUUGGAAGUUAUCUUGUCACUUCGCAUCUCCCUAACAAGCCACGUCACCCGUCUAUUUACAGCGAACUCCCCACCCGCACAAUAACACUUCAAUGUAAACACAGCUCUACCCGCUGACGAACAGCCCAGGCCAGGCCCGCGAGGCCGAGCGCUCCCCUGCCCUCCCGCUGCCAGAGCCUGCCCUCUCCCCGCCUAAUUUGAUUCGUGAAAAUGCAAAACAACCGCCUCCCUUCGGGGCGCUGAGGGCGGAACCGCAGCAGCAGCGCCCGCACUGCCCGGAGCGAGGCCGGCGCUGAGGCACUGCGCCGCCAUUUCGCGGCCCGAGUUCUGCCUAGCGCGGGGGAAGGCCUGGGCCGAGCCGGGGAGCUGGGCCUGUCACGGCAGAAAAGCGCGGGGCCCGCGUCAGGAAACGAGGCCUGGCCUUGAGGCACAAACUCUCCCCACCCCCACCCCCGUUUCCAUGACGACCGGCCCCAUGCCAACACGCGCCGAUAGCACCAACGGCGCGAGCAGAACGCAGAGCGGGGAGCGCCGCUAAGCCCCGCCCCUUCCGGCGCAGCCGCCACUCAGCUCGGGGCACGCGCGGCGCCGUUAGAGCUGAGCCAUGGGCAGCGCGGAGGGGACAGAUUGGGUCGAUGUUGCCAAUGAUCUUUUAAGGAGCUGUCACUUGAACCAGCACAUAAAGCAUCUCUCAGAGUGCGGAGCUGAUAUAUUUGUUCGUCUUUAUGAGUCGAUCUUAGGAGAAAAGGUACCAGAUUUCAUAGCUACUCCUAGAAGUCAAGAGGACGAUGCACAUAAUGUACAAGCUGUAAUAGAUUCUCUGGCACUGGACUACUUGCAGGUCAGCUUGUCACACAUCACUGGCGAGAACAUUGUGAAAGGAGAAAGGGAGUCAAUCAGAAACCUCCUUGAAAUAUUUGAUGGCUUGUUAGAGUAUCUUACAGAAGAAGUCAGUGAAUCCUCUUCUCAAAAUGGAGAUGAGACAAAUGUACUGCCCAAUAGCAAAAUUCAAAUUGCAUCUCCAGAGCACCUGGAAAGCAAUGCUGGUCAACUUAUGCCACCUUCAAAACUUUCAUCAGUUGAUGGGUCCCAGUCAGAAUGUUUUGUUCCAUUGUGUGACGCAGCUGAUUCAGAAUCUACCAGUGAAUUAAUUCGACUUGGAGAUACUGCUUAUUCAUUCUCAGAGAGAGGGGAAGGAUUCUUGGAGUCCAUUCAGAGCACUGAACUGCCCAAAGAGUGUUUGAGUUCCAGUGCUCAAGGACUGGGGGAGCCGAUACGCCAGGCUGUCCCUUUGCUACCUCCAUUUCAGCCUGCUGAAGCCAGGUGCUGUGAUCCUGGCCAGAGAGAUCACCAGAGCCUGGGCAGCCAGUCAGCAGCUUUGGUUAACAGUCAAGAACUGGAAUCUCCUACUCUUGAAAUGUCACUUACACAAAAUGCUGAAGAUGUUUCAGGUUCUCUUCUUCUGUCAAGGAAGAUCCCUGCAGGAGAUAAGAGCGUCUCGAGUGAUGCUGAGGACAGUGUGAAGGUUCCUUGGGUAUACGGGGCUUCUACAUCUGCUUCACACUUAGAACAAAAGUUCUCCUUACACACUGAACCAGUAACACAACCUCCAAGCCCUGAAUCAAGACAUCUGCCUAGAAAGAAGAGAUAUGAAAAUUCUACCAUAGAUUCACUUGAAGAGCCUCUUUCCCAAAGAACAACAAAGGAAAACCUCUCUAAGCAAGAGCUGCAUCAAGUGUCACAAAAACUUUCUCGCAGGUUAAAUGAACUAGAUUCAAUGUUAAAGAGAGCUUUGGGUGGGCAUACCAGAGAAGACGUGACAGAUGAUGACAACGUGUCUCAGCACAGCGACAGUGUCAUGGAUUACCGCAGAAGGAAAGCUGAGCGAGACACACCACACCUCAAGUACCCAAGCAGGACACGAUCCCUUUCUCCACCAUCACCCUCAUCUCAGCAUCAACUUUUCUCUGAGUUAGAAGACAUACUCUGCAGCAAUAGAAAAGGCCAGAUGAAGAAAAUAUGCAAUGAGUUGCAAAAAGAAAGGGAUGAAAGAACAAAAAAAGCAAAGAAGGUUGCUAAAGCUUAUGAAAAUGAACUAAGAAUUUACGAAGCUAGGGAGAGGCUUAGACUUUCCAAGCUCAGAGAAGAAGUCAAGGAACUGGAACAAGAAUACAAAGAAAACAUCUUUAAAGAAUCUCCAAAAAUCCCUCAGCCAGUGAAGGUUUAUUCUAGAAAAACCACACCUUGGAAUCCCAGAUACAGCCAGUGGGUUCCAAAACGAGGGACUGUGAAGCCAAGGAAAGCAGCUCCAAUGAAAGUCAGGGACGACGACCUCCUGUUUCAGCUACUGGAAGAGUUUCCCCACCUGCAUAUUUCCCAGCACACUAUGAACAAAAUGUGGCGGCAGCAGCUCGCACAGACUGAGCAGCUUAAAGCAGCUUCCGGCAGGGCUAGACUAAAACUCCAAAACGAAGUUCAACAAGCCCUGAAGAAGCACGAGCUUCUUGUGGCAAUUAUUAAAAAAGAUCAAGACCAUAACAAGAGACUGCAAGAAUUUAAGCAACGCAUCUACCGCCAGAAAUGGACUCAGAAUAAGGUGAGAGAGAAACGCCAGCAAGUUGUUAGAGCCAGGAAAUACUACGAAGAUUACCGUGUCCAGCUGCGUGCCAAGAUGAUGCGGGCUAGGACAAGGGAAGAAAGGAUAUUUAAAAACUUAUUUGAAGAAGGCUUAGAAAUUCAGAAGCAAAGACUAAAGGACCUGAGAGCAUACGCUCAAGAGAUGCGUGCUGAGCAAAGAAGAGAGCAUCAAAAUGAGCUGGAGUCCAUGGAGAACUACUACAGAGAUCAGUUCUCCAUGCUAGCAGAAACUUUAUCUCAAGAACGCCAAGAAAUCCAAACCAGAGAGAAAGCACAAGCACAAAUGCUGCAGAAAACAAAAAGAGAAUUGAGGUCAAGGAUGGAAAAGGAAAUACAACAACUGCAAACUGCAAUAAUGCAAAAUGAUGAUGAAACCUUUUUUCAAGAACUAGAGGCAGACAGACUCAAAUCUAGACUUCAGAUGGCUUCCUUUCAGUAUAACAAAAGUGGUUUCUCUUAAGACACAGUAAAUAGCACUGCAGCUCUCUGCCUGAGCUGGAGGGAGUCUCUGAGAAGUGCUGUAACAGGAAGAUGGCGUGCUGCUGUUCUGUAAGAUCACAUCUGUCAUCUCGAUGUGCCAGACGUGUAGUUGUUGGUACCUGGAACUUUGAGCACUUUUAUGAUUAAUAAAGUUUUAAACUACUUUCUA